AUGAGCAGAGCAUUAUCCAAGACUCAAUUGAAACAAAUAGUUAAUGCUAUAACUAAACAUUAUCCUGCUGGUUAUGCUGAUAAAGCUUGGGAUAAUACAGGUUUACAUAUUGAUUGUUCAGUUGAUGGUGAUUCUAAUAUUGGUCCAGCCAAAGUCUUAUUAGCUGUAGACUUAACUGCCAGUGUAGCUCAAGAGGCUAUUGAUAAAGGUUGUAACUUAAUCCUAGCCUAUCAUCCUUUCAUCUUUCCAAGCUGGAAAUCUUUGAAUCCUUCAAGAAACACACAACAGAAUAGUGCUAUCAAGUUGAUCCAAGAAGGUAUUUCUGUGUAUUGUCCUCAUACUUCUGUUGAUGCUGCUAAAGGUGGUGUAAAUGAUUGGUUGGCUAAUGGAUUAGUAGGUAAAAAUACCUCUUUAAUCAGUAGCAACAUUUCGAUUGAACAAAUCAGUGGUCAAUUAGUUGGAGGUGACCUUUGUGAAGAAGUCGGUUAUGGUCGUUUAGUUAAAUUGGGGGCCCCAUUAUCACUUCAAGAUAUUAUUGAGAAUGUUAAAGCUUCAUUAGGGAUCAAACACGUUCAAGUCUCAAGUUUACACUCUGAUUUGUCAAAUCAUAAGAUAAAGAACAUUGCAUUAUGUGCAGGUAGUGGAUCAGGAGUUUUCAAAGCAUUAUCAGAAGAUGUUGAUUUGUAUUACACCGGUGAAUUAUCUCAUCAUGAGAUUCUAAGGUACAAAGAAUCUGGCAAAGCAGUAAUUGUAUGCAAUCAUUCUAAUACUGAACGUGGUUAUUUAAAAGCUGAAAUGGUAUCAUUACUUACACAAAAAGGUAUCGAAUGUAUAGUCAUUGAAACCGAUGUAAACCCAUUAAGAGUAGUAUAA